ACCGGAUAGGAUAGAGUGAUAAACCCCCGACUCCAGCAACAAGAGCUAAAAGGAACACCUCUUCUUCCUCCUCUCUAUCUCUCUCACAGAGUUUAGAGCUCAACUAAAAAUGGCGUCUGCAACUUUAGCAUUCUCUUGUUCCUCACUCUGUGCAACACUGAAACUUCCUCAAAAUCUAAACCCACUUCUUUUGAAUGUUCCACCUCUCUCUAAACCCUUUUCCGGCGUAGUUUCACCGCCCUCUCUAUCUCGGCUGUCUCUUCUCCCCGUCGCCGCCAAACGACGCCGAUUUCAGGAAAUUCCAGAAGAGUUGAAGGCGGAAUUUGAAGAAUUCCAAAGGCCCCCCAACCAAAAGCCCCAAUUAUCUGAUGUUCUGCCAGACGAUUUCCAGGCUCCUGAGCCUGGUACCCCUGAAUACAACGAUAUUAUCAACCAAUUCCUUCCCAAAAAAGGCCCUCCUCCUCCCCGUGAAGAGAUUUUUGCUGUUGUUGUGAUUGGUUCUAGACAGUACAUUGUCAUUCCUGGAAGAUGGAUUUACACCCAGAGGCUCAAAGGUGCUACUGUCAAUGAUAAGAUUGUUCUGAACAAAGUUUUGCUAGUGGGAACUAAAGCUAGCACCUACAUAGGAACACCUAUCGUCACAAAUGCUGCAGUACAUGCUGUUGUAGAAGAACAGUUGCUGGAUGACAAGGUUAUCGUCUUCAAGUAUAAGAAGAAGAAGAACUAUAGACGAAAUAUUGGUCAUAGACAGCCCAUCACCCGUAUAAAGAUAACAGGAAUCACUGGUUAUGAAGAUUACCCAGCUUCUACACUAGAAGCAGAGGUAGAGGCAAAGGAAGAGGCAGAGGCAGAGGCAGAGGCAGUUCCAGUUUAAGUUGAACAACAAAUCUGCAACUUUAUACCCUUUUUUUUUUUCCGGUUCUGUCAGUAGGGUUUUUGAUUCAUACAGCUUCAUCUUUUUGCCAAAGUUAGGCUGUUUGUAAGAUGUAAUUUGAUAGGAUUGAUAUUCAAAGAAUUAUGAUUGACCAGAGCUUGGUGUAUGUAGUAUUUCUCCAACAGAAGGAGCAAUGUUGUAAAUUAAUUAUCUGAA